AUGCCGAUUCCAACUCCCCACGGUGGUCAAUUAAAUGACUUAAUAAUUCGAGAUGAAUCAAUUAAACAAGAUUUAUUGAAUAAAAUUGCAGAUUUACCAAAAUUGAAAUUAACAGAACGUCAGUUGUGUGAUUUGGAAUUAAUCUUAAAUGGUGGAUUUUCACCAUUAGAUGGUUUUUUAAAUGAAGAUGACUAUAAUUCAGUUGUUGAAGAAAUGAGAUUAACUGGCAAGAAAGGUAAAGACGGUAAAGGAUUGUUAUGGCCAAUACCUAUAACCUUAGAUGUAAGAGAAAAUUCUUAUAAAGUUGGUGAUGAAGUUGUUUUAAUUGAUUUAAGAGAUGAUCAACCGUUAGCUAUUUUAAACAUUGAAUCAAUUUAUAAACCAAAUAAACAAAAUGAAGCUGAAAAAGUAUUUAGAGGUGAUUUAGAACAUCCAUCAAUUAAAUAUUUAAAUGAAAAUGUUAAUGAUUAUUAUUUAGGUGGUUCAUUAAAAGGUAUAAAUUAUCCAAAACAUCAUGAUUAUAUUGAAUCAAGAAAAACUCCAACUGAAUUAAGAAAAGAAUUUGAAUCAUUAGGUUGGUCAAAUAAGAAAAUUGUUGCUUUUCAAACUAGAAAUCCAAUGCAUAGAGCACAUAGAGAAUUAACAGUUAGAGCGGCAAAUGAUUUAGGUGAAGAAGCACAUUUAUUAAUUCAUCCAGUCGUUGGUUUGACAAAACCUGGAGAUAUUGAUCAUCAUACAAGAGUUAAAGUUUAUUUGGAAAUUCUUAAAAAAUAUCCAAAAGGUUUAGCGACAAUUUCUUUAUUACCUUUAGCUAUGAGAAUGGGUGGUGAUAGAGAAGCUUUAUGGCAUGCGUUAAUUAGAACAAAUUAUGGUGUUGAUCAUUUUAUUGUUGGUAGAGAUCAUGCUGGUCCUGGUAAAAAUUCAAAAGGUGUUGAUUUUUAUGGUCCUUAUGAUGCACAAGAAUUAUUGAAGAAAUAUGAAGAUGAAUUAGAAAUUAAAAUUGUUCCAUUUAGAAUGGUUACUUAUUUACCUGAUGAAGAUAGAUAUGCACCAAUUGAUGAAAUUGAUACUUCAAAAGUUAAAACUUUAAAUAUUUCAGGUACUGAAUUAAGACAUAGAUUAAGAACUGGUGGUGAAAUACCUGAAUGGUUUACUUAUCCAGAAGUUGCAAGAAUAUUAAGAGAUUCAAUAGCAUAA